AUGGCAACGCCCGCGUAUCAAAACGCAGAUGAGACUAGAAAGGCCGCCAUGAUUGAGCAGGCUAUCACCGCGACAAUGCACAAACGAUAUAUACAGGGAAAGUCUAAGGAGUAUCUUGAAAAGGAACUUGGAUUUGGUACUAAUGGGGGAAUGUUUGCGAUGGAAGAUGAUGGACAUCCGGCAUGGGAGGAUGAUGAUUCAGAUGCGAAUGAACAUGAUGAUCCAAACGAACAUCAUGAUCCAAAUGAUGAGGCGAAUCAAAGAGAGGACAAAGGGAAGGAGAUAGAGGAUGCUGAGUUCAAACGAACUCAAAUUGCAAUACUACAGGAAAUAAGCAAACUUAAGAUGAUAGCUCUUCUAGAAAAACUCACGAAGUCGAAGGGAAAAGAAGAUUAA